AACCAUUGUGCUCUAUUUCUAUCCCUACCUCGACCUGGUGUACCAGCUAUUACUUCAAACACCAUUGUCCUAUACCUCCUUAGGUCCGAUAAACACCAUUCUUUACGACCCCUUCCCCCGCAGAGAUUAUCCCAACUUUCCGAUUGUGUACCAACUUGUUAUGCAAAUCAAUCGCCCAUAUAGAUAGAUAAGGUAAUCGAUCAAAUUUCGAUCUAUCUGCCCCCUCUUUGUAUUUGUAUAGAUAAAUUCGACGCAUAUACAGCCCCCUCCUUUCAAUUGGUCUUUUUGUGGAUUUGGGGCAUUAGAUAGAAAGGGGGAGAGAUCCUUUGUAAGGGUUGUGUUUUGGUUAAGGAUCGCAUAGAGACGAGGAGGUUUUGAUGAGUCGAUCGCAAAGCGUGAUUAAUGUGUGCACUAUACAGUCGUCUGUUUGUAUUGCUGUCUUUAUAUACUUCUCGGAUUGUUCAUGGCUGAGUUACAGUCUUGAUUUAUUGAAGAAUCGACAAAAACACAUGGAGACUUCACACUGGAUGGAUACAUUGUACGGAUGGGCACCAUCCACAAUGAAACCAAAACUAGAACAGCGUUCCUAUGUUCAUCACAGUCAUAACGGUUUCAAUGGAUUACACAAAGUUGGAGUAGUGGCUCGUGAGCUGCAUACGGGUAAUAUAGUCCAGCUAGAGUCUAGGGCUACAGGAGGACUACUGCGGGUCAAUUCCCUCACAGGGAAAGUCGAUUUUAACGGCAUUUAUGGAAAACAAUCCCAAUUCGUUGUAAGGAGAGAAGGUGAUGACAUCAUCUCAUUGCGAUGUGUACUUAGUACGUCCAACUUCCUCAUACUCAGGAAUGGCAUCCUACAUGCGAAUGGCAAGGGUGAUCCCCAGUGUCGAUUCAAGUAUCACCUCUCUGAGGAUGCGAGUAGCUACAUGAAGUUUGAGUGCCUUCACAACCCAAACCGUUUCGUCUCCGUGCACAAAAAAUCCAACGGCAACGACGAUACACGAUCAGUAUACAGCAUGCGAUCGAUGCGAUCAUCGGGGAACGGAGUCGAGGGGCAAUUCCGGGUCGUUAUUGUGGGUCACUCAAAUCAGAGCUACGCAUCGUGACAUCGUUUUCCUAGCGUGAAAUGCAAAGAGAAAGAGAGCUUUAUGAGAGGACAUACUAUUUUUUUGUAAUGUUCUGCGGAACUAUGGAACAGAAUGGCCAAAGCCUUUAGCGGGUUACGUUAUAUAUUUGCACAAAUGCACCGUUCUUAAGAACAGUUCUAAACAUGAGGAGACCAAAAUGGAAGGUGAGCCCAAGAUGCAAUAAUAUAGGGGUUCAGGCGAGUGGAUCGCUACGAUGGAUAGGAAAAUGGCGUCUUGAUUAAUGGCUGACGUUUAUGAGGGUCUAGUCUACACAUGUCGAUCUUCCGAUAUUUUCUCUUGGCUUUAUUUCGUCAGAGACAGAUGAUUCGAGUUUGGGUACGAAUUUUGUUGUCGUUCAAGUUUAAGGUUAUAGUUUAGGGUUACGCAUUGCAUUUAAGCCAUGGUUAAAGAUUGGAAUACGUCUAUAUUAUACUAUAUUGUAUCGAAAUCACCGAGGAUUAAAUGCCGCCGGAGAAUUUGUCGUAGAAUCACUUUAAUAUAUUUUCCUAUUAAUUUUGGUCAUGUUUAUGAGGUAUGGUCGUCUAUGUAUGCAUGUAGAGAAAUCCCCCAUAAUUGGUAUCCUUUUUUUUACCGACGUUUAGUGAAAUGAGAUAAACUACAAACAUCCGUCAAACAUUUAGAAUUUAUUUAUUAGAAAAAAUAUGUAUGAAUGAUGAGACAUUCAAAAAGGAAUAAAGCGUUUUAACCGUUUUACGACUUUUUUUAUCAGCUGCAGACGAUUUAUCCCGAGAAAUCUAUCAUCAUUUUGUUGAAACCAUGCCUAUUUUAAAAUAAUGAUUUUCGUGGUCUUACGAUGUUAUGAAAUAUAUCUUUCUUGGAUUUGUUUUGUAUAUAAUUUGAAAUUCACGUUGCCGAAAUACGUUGUGCUGUGAGUCAGUUCGAUAUCCAAUCUUGCUAGAUUUCACGAUCGUCUAAUUGUAAUGUAAUUAUUGUUGCACAGUUGAUUUCUUAACAUACGCAUUACCUAAACGGUUAUUUCUUUUAAAUGAAUUUUGUUACCAUGUGCCAUUGUAAAAUGCAAUGUUUUUUUUUACCCCGAAACAUUUAUAUUGAAUGUAAAUACACGUAUAUGUCCAAGGUCUUGCGUACAUUAAUAGCACAUAGACAUUAUGAACAUCUGUAAUGAUAAUCAUGUACAGUUUAUAAAUAUGACAAAAUAAAAGUCGAAUACGUUUUCAAAUGAA